AUGGCGGAUCCGGUCAGUCGGAGAAGCCAUCCCCGGAGGAAGGACCAGGGGAUCAGUCGGAGUUGGUGCUGUUCGUUCGGAGUUGCUACGCAGAGCCCCGACAACCGCGGUGCCGCCGCUGUCCGCUCCUCCCAGCGGCCUCCUUCCAAGCCUCAGAAGCCGGCGUAUUCCGGUUCGUUCCACAGUUCUCCUUCCCCUAGCUCCAGGGUGGGGUUAGGGCUUAUAGAUCCUCGCAGAAUCCUCUCUCCUGGCAGGGUCUCCCCGAUGGACUCUGACGCGGCCUUGGUCCCGCUGCCGGAGAGCGCUGUUGCUGUGUCUGCAGCUGCCGUAGUUUUGGCGCCGGAAGUGGAGACCGUGGAUCCGCCGCAGAGGCCUAAGUCUCGGAUGGCAGCACAGGUGCCACAACCUUCUCCGUCCGCAGCAGAGCUGGGAGCGAGCGCGGUGUGCUCCGAGGAGAGAUCUACGGAUCUGAGGCUCGUUUUGAAGGGGAAGGACCGGAGUUAUUUGGUUCUGGAUCUGGAUUCAGAUGUGUUGUGCCGCAGCAGCACAUAUUUUGCAGCGAUGGUCUUGGAAGCUCGCCGUAAGCCAGCGGAUGACUCGGGGGAAUCCCCGAAGAUUGUGGUCGCCGAGAUUGAGCAUCUGCCUGUGUUUAAGGAUACCAUUGAACUGAUGUACGAGAAGGAUGCCGUGAGGUGGCUCAUGAAGGCCGGCGUUCUUCGCUCGAUCGAUAUACUUGAGGUGAGCAUCCUGGCCAUUCUUAUCUCAUGGAACUUAAGCUUCAUCCUUGAAGCAUUUUAUGAUUACCAUGAAAAACAUCACAAAGCUUCUUCUGAGAUUGAAUCAUCGCCAAGAGGAAAAACAUCUCGAGGCUUCUGAGAUAUUCCCAUUGCAUUCACUUUCAUCCUCGUGUUUUUCUCAAUAUUUUUCUGAUGCAUCAGUCCAAAUUUUCUUAAUGUCUGUCACAAUCUUUAGUUGGGUCAUCGACACAAACCCGACGUGACGAAAAUUAAAAGAGUUUUUCUUAUCCAGCCUGAUGAUUCAGCAGCGUGUUCCUUUUUCUUUUGAGAGAGAGGAAGGGGGGGGAGAUGGAUGGAUGGAGGGGUCAUGACGAAUUAAAUGGAGAUUGGAGCAAAAAUCUUAGGAAUUCGUAAUCAAAUAUGUGCCUUUUAUCCAGGAACUCUUGGAUCCUUUGAAUUCUUGUAGCAGACGCAAAGUUGCAGGUCCACUCUUGCACAAUGAUUAGCUACGCCAACCAGUUGGUCUGGGCUAAGCCUCAGAUCAGCAAAUGGGAUGCCCGUUCCAUACAGAGAUUUAGGAAUGGAUCCUUCAGCAGAUCGUGGCGAACUCUGAGAUUCGCUCUUGGGAGUUUCGAUCACGAAAACUGUUCGCUGUGGAUAUAGAUGUUAUCUUUGCUUAUCCUCGGGCUGUAGAAGAUUCAUUUUAUUUAUUUUUUGGUUGUUGUUGUUACCCAGUCUUCUGUAGUUCUAGAUUUCACUGCUGGCAUGCCCUCCAUGAAUUCCUUUCUUUCACUGAUCCGAUCUUCAGGUAUCGUCCUCCAUUGUGUUCCCCAGAGGCGUUGACUCGUGCUUGAGGUACCUGGAGGCUGUCCCCUGGAACGAGAGCGAGGAGGAGAAGCUGAAGGCCCUCUUUUCGAGGUGCUCCUUGGACCAUCCUCUCGCCCAGGACAUCCUUUCCAGACUCUACGGUCAAGUCGCCGCCGAAGGCCUGGCCCUCCGCCUUCUCCGAUCCGUCUCCGGCGGCGCCAACAGGGGCUCCAAAAAGGUCCUCCAGACGCUGGUCAACGACCUCCUCUCCAAGAGCUCCGUCUACCACAAGGACCCCGCCGGCCUCACCAAAGACGGCCUUUACGAAGUCUCCCUCUCCUGCUUGGCCUCUCUGCUGCAGCUCUUCCAGGAGGCCACCGGCGGCGCCGCCGCCGAGGGGCGGAGGGGGACGAUGCUGGACCGAGCUUCCUGCCUUGUCGACAGCCUCAGCUGGCUGCUGGAGCUGCUCCUGGACAGGCACCUGGCGGAGGACUUCGUGGCCCUCUGGGCCGGCCAGACGGAGCUCCAACACCUGCACGAGGCGGCGGCGCCGAUGCUCCGCUUCGAGCUUAGCCGCGUCUCCGCCGCCGUGUUCGAGGCUCUCGGCAGGGGGCGGCUUCACUGCCCCGCCCCGCUCCGGUGGCGCGUCCUCCGCGCCUGGUUCGGGCCCAUGCUGGUCGACUUCGGCUGGCUCGGGCGCCGGCCUCGUGGGCUCGACCUCCGGUCCAUGGAGGACUCCCUGGGCCGAGCCAUCCUCACCCUCCCCCUCCCCCAGCAGCAGGCCCUCCUGGUCGACUGGUUCGCCUUCUUCUCCUCCUCCGCCGCCGGCGACUGCCCCAAUCUCAGCGCCGCCUUCCAGGUCUGGUGGCGCCGCUCCUUCCUCCGCCGCCCCUCCCCACACCAACAAUGA